UCUCUUUCAAAUCUGGUUGUUCACAUCAUAGACACUCAUGUGGAUCACCUUCAAGAUGUUGUGACGAAGCUGGAGAUUGAGUUGGAUUCAAUGGAGCUGGAAUUGGACAAAGGUGGUUUUGCUUUGAAGAAACAAUUGCUGGACGAUAGAAAAUUUCCAAAGAUGCAUCUUGACCUGCAGCGCCUCCUCCAGGUGAUUGCACAUGGUGAGCAAGUAUUUCCGCGAGUGAAGGAGAAAUGUUCUUCAAAAGGUUGGUUUGCCAGCGAUGACAUCACUUCACUUGAAGAGUUAAUUGGUCGACUGAGAAGACUAAAGGAGAAUGUUGGGUUUAUUGCCAAUCGUGUAACAGCAAUUCAGGCAGGUCUUGAUAGCUGGCAGUCUGAGCAGAUAAAUAAAAAACUUUACUACCUUUCCUUCCUCUCCAUCGUCUUUCUUCCCUUGUCAGUAGUAACCGGAGUGUUUGGGAUGAAUGUUGGAGGAGUUCCUUGGACCAAUCAAAGAGAACCUGAGUUGAAGGAGGGGUUCCGCAAUGUUAUGUUGCUCUGUGUGGUUCUGCUACUGUUGGUUCUCCUUUGCUUCCUUUUUCCCGUGCUUUAUAGUCACGUAGUAGCUUGGAAGAGAAGGCGAGACAUGAAAAGAAGUUGGUCUCUCAACCGGAGAUCCUUCCUUAGAAGAAGUACAGGAGUUAGGGAAAGAAAUGAAAAGGGAGGUUACUUGAGGCUAUACUGAGAUGAAAUUGGAAAUAUAUGCACACUUCAAGCUGGUCAUAUCGCCGCAUGCUCAACAUUGACAUUUUAGUUGAUGUGUCUUAUUGUUCCCUGAAAACACAAAUUCUCGCACGAUUCUUACUUAGAAAGAUGAUGGACGUAAUAGUGAGUUUGUUUUACCAAUUCCUUUCUUUGUUUUACGAAAUCUUGUGCUUGUAUAGAGAAUUCUCUUUUCCAAUUGUUCCAGAAGUUCAGCUUUGUUGUUAUUACAAUGUGACAGUUCUUUUUUU